CUGCGGAGCGGUCACUCUUCCCCAUGAGAGGCGAGUCACGGAACAGAGCGACCGGGACUCUCCCACCAUGGCCAGCGCCGGGCCGCUCCAGGACCCCCGGGCGCGUCUCGGGGGCCGCACCGGCUGAGCCGGGAGCCCCGGGCGGGCGAUGGGGGACCGGGAGCACAAUAAGAGGCGCCUGUUGGAGCUGCUGCGGGCAGCUGGCACCGGCAACGGGGUGUGCGCGGACUGCGGGGCGCCAGAUCCCGACUGGGCCUCUUACAAGCUGGGGAUUUUCAUCUGCCUGAAUUGCUCUGGGGUGCACCGGAACUUCCCCGAAAUCAGUAAAGUGAAAUCGGUUCGACUGGACUUUUGGGAUGACAGUAUCGUGGAGUUUAUGACACGAAACGGAAACCUCUGCUCCAAGGCCAAAUAUGAAGCAAAAGUCCCUACUUUCUACUAUAUCCCCAAGUCUGAAGACUGCCUGGUCUUAAAGGAACAAUGGAUCCGAGCCAAAUAUGAGAGACAGGAGUUUGUGGCUGGCAGCCUCACCUGGACCAUCUCGGGCAACCGAGAAGGACUCCUAUGGAAGCGGGGAAGAGACAAUGGGCAGUACCUGAAGAGGAAGUUUGUCCUUUUGGUGAGAGAAGGCCUUUUGAAAUACUACACUAAAGAAGAGGGAAAAUCACCCAAAGCUGUCAUCAGUAUAAAGGACUUGAACGCUACAUUUCAGACAGAGAAGAUAGGAAACCCCCAUGGACUGCAGAUUACCUACAAGAAAGAUGGUCACACCAGGAACCUCUUUGUGUAUCACGAGAGUGGGAAGGAGAUAGUGGACUGGUUCAAUGCCCUUCGAGCCACCCGUCUAUACUAUCUAAAAACAGCCUUUCCUGAACUCCCGGAGUCCGAGCUCCUGCCUCACAUCACCAGGAAUUACCUCAAACAAGGAUACAUGGAAAAGACUGGUCCAAAGCAGAGAGAAGCUUUUAAAAAACGGUGGUUUGCUCUUGACCCACAGGAGAGAAGGCUACUGUAUUACAAGAAUCCACUGGAUGCAUUUGAGCAGGGUCAGGUUUUCAUCGGGAGAAAGGAGGAUGGAUAUGAGAUCCAUGAUGAGCUCCCUAAGGGCAUCCGGGGGAACCGCUGGAAGGCUGGUAUCACCAUCGUCACCCCAGAGAGAAGAUUUGUCUUUGCCUGUCCCAACGAGAAGGAGCAAAGAGAAUGGCUGGAGAGCUUACAGCAUGUCCUGGCCCUCCCCAUCACUGCCCUCGGUCCUCAUGCCACAGCAGCUACUGGACAGAGGUGACGAGGACUUGGCUGACCUGCUCAAUUCUCACCACGCCUAACUUCAACUUGGGGCUGUCAGGUCCUCAUUUUGCUUCAGGAAGGAGAAGUUCACUCUUGAGGCAUGACCUCUGUCUCUAGCAGGAAGGACUAGCAAAAAACAAACUGUGGUCAGUGCUUUUCUUGUGUCUCAGACAUUGCUCUAGAUGGAAAUUGGGCAAGACAAAAGUAAAGAUGGCUGACAAUGGCACGUUAAAACCAAUUCAUGAACAAAUCAAGACUCACUUUUGGUCCUCUGAGGUGAAGAAUGAACAGUAACAGCAGCACAUGGCAAUUGAACUUGCCUCCCAUCAGUUUCCUUUGGGUCUCUCCCUACCAUUCUUCUGCUUGGUUCCUGUAAAUCCCAGUAGAGACUGAGCAAAAGCUCUCUUCCCUUUAGCAAUCAAACAGUGGAAGCAUAAGGGCAAUAAGAAUAACCCAGUCCAGCAAUGACCACAGCAUCCUGGCAGGAAACCAGAGAACAGCGCCUUCUCUCCCACCUUGCAGGACAGCAGCUUCUCUCCAUGGUGCCCGAAACUCUCUGUUCCUUCUGCCCCAGACAAAAUCAGAAGCUUGUUGGGCCUGCUUAAAGACCUGCAGGAAACUUGAAGGAUCCCUCUUGACAUCUACAGGGCUCCAUUAUCCUGGGCAGAAGGGAAUUUCAUCCAUUUCUAUUCUUCUCUUUCUCCUGAAAGCAUAUUUAUUGAGCCAAUAUUUGCAUAUACCAUUGGGCUAUGGAGAAUACUGUACAGAAUAAAUAGAUCAUUGGAUUACAGAAUAAAUUGGAUUAUAGAAUAAGUUGGAUAUCAUGCAGAAAAAUUUUGAGGGCACAGCUUACUUGGUACCAUUAAGGCACAGAAGAAGUGAUGCUAAGGGAGUGGAACACUUGCUUAUUACAGAGAAUCUAGAUUUCGAAUCUAUAAAAAAAAAUCAAGAAUAGAUAUAAUCUCAUUGUCUUCUGCAGGCACACUUUAAAAUGGUUUUACCUCCCUCACACACAAACUAAUUGACAUCAGUGGUGGUGGUGUUCAGGGGAUUUCAAAGCUGAGAUCAGAGGAAAUCUAAUACCUACUUGAAGUACAACAGAUAGAAGUAUAAAUAGGAUGGGGAGAUGGGGUUUCCCCUUGGGUUACCAAAAUUUAGAGGGUGUUAGUUGCACUUGAAGUUCUUCAAGAGGUAAAAAAAAAAACUAGUUUUAGCAUAUAGUUAGUGAGAUUAAUUAGUUAAAAUAGGAAGCCACUAGAUCACAUUUCCCCCACCAUGAGGUAUAAGAUUUUUUGUGAUCUCAGCCUUGAAAUCCCCAUGUUCACUAGGUGAGAAUCUUCUCCUCUCCUGCCUUAAACUGACUCCCUAGCAACCGUUCAAAUUGAUCAUCUUGAGGCUGAGUUUCUGUUUCUCCAGAGUAUGUACACAUUCCCCUUCCCCUUCCACUGAAUUUAUCUUAAACAGAUGGAUUUAGGUUGAAUUUUCUGCUGCUUCCCCCAAAUGCAAAAAAAAAAAAAAAAAAAA